AGAUACUCCCACAGAAGAUAUUUUACCAAAUCCCUAUUUUUUCUCAUUAAUGCAAAGCAAUCUAUCUAUGUUGCUCUCGCUGUUGGCCCAUUCUUGUUUCGUUUUUGAUUUAUUUCGUUCGUGCAUACUCAAGUUUUAGUUACCAAUUUUGUUGCGUACAAAAUCAAAAAUGUUGGACUCGUCGGAUUUUCGUGGUGGAUCCAUGGUGGACGCUUCUGGAGGGCGCAGUCCCACUCGUCGUAAUGACAUGCUGGAGACAGAGACGAAGCCAAUCAAGGAAGAAGUCCUUCUGGUCUGGAACGUAUACAAGAGGCUGGACCAGGCCGUAAAGAAGAGGCAAGGACUUUCUGCGAAUGCGGCUGCGCAAAUACUCAAAGCCGUCUUUGAGACUGUUCGUUUCAAGUAAGAAAAGUCUCUUGAUGUUGGCAUUUCAUGUGCCGUACAAUAUUGCGGUAAUGAAAAUUGAGAUAUUCUUCUUCACGUGCUAUCUGGAGGGGGCUCGUCGACUUGUGUCAUCAAUAACUUUAAUAAUUCUAAUUCAGAACAAAAACGUAGUUCUUGAUCUUAUGCAUGAUCUAUUGUGAUUAUGAAACUUUUCAGCUCAAGCGUCGAUGUCCGUCGAAAGCUGGGGGUUCUUUUCGGCUCCUUGGUGUAUUCUCCCAGUGAGCGGCAGAUGGAGAAGAUCGAGUUCACGAUCGGCGGCUCAGCGCACGUUGGUUUACAAGAUGUGAUCGAUCUUUUUUACAAUGAAGAUCUGUUAAGGCCCUAAAGCUCAAACUGUGAUUCAGUUCCUUCGACGACUUACAUCCUGCAUUGAUUCGGAAUCUCGGAUGAGAUUCUGAUUUCUGAUCGUCGAGAUUCUCAGACACAACAUACUUUGCAAGGGUAAAAGUAUGUCAAUAGGAGAGAGCAAAGUAGCUCUAAGUCUAGCGCACGUUGCAGACCCACCGCAGUCGCGAACGCCGCCUAGGCAUGACGAGUACUACUCUCCCAGAGGAAAGCCACCGUGGAACUACCGAUCUAUCUUAUGUCUGGAUUCAUCUUCACUAUAAUUUUCGAGUUACUGCAAGUUGAUUGCUCUGGACAUACAAUCAAUACUAAGCGAUUCUCGAUCGUAGUUAUUUCCUCUUUUGGUGAACUCUUCACCUAGAAAAGCAUACAACUAGAACGACUCCAUUUAGAUUUUUCCAUUGAAUGAUAGAUGUCCUCACCAUGACUUUGGUAUAAUCAGUGAAUUCGUACUUUCCUAGUACUGGGAGCAGAGUCUUGUCGAUUGAAUAGGAAGCCAUCACCUUGUUCAUGUGUGACCGAUAUGGACGAGGCGGAGCGAUAUAACUCGAUCGACGACAAGGCACGGCGCGCUGAGGAGAAUCCCGAAAUGGUCGUGGAUCGGAUCGAGUAUAACCGGCGCACUGGCGCUACCAUGCGCAUUAUGGUGGAGCGGGGGCCCAGCGAGGGAAAGAAGAGUCCGAAAAAUGAGCAGAGCGCCUCCCCCAGAGGGCAUAAAAAAGCGGGGUCGCCUCUUGCGGGAACAGCUAGAACCACGCUCCAAGCCAUUCGAGAAGGCGACGAAGAGCAAGUUACGGCUUCACCAAGGGACGAGGCUGGAUCGCUCGCAGAUGGCAUUAUGAACAACACUGGAAUGGGAAUGCAGGGCGACAUAUCACCGAACGCAACGCGCAGGACAGACGGGACCGUAACAACAAGGAGCCCGCCUGCCACGGCGACGCAGUUCGAUGCGCUGCCGGCCGCUCCGCUGUCACGAGCGCACAAGGAAUGGCUGAGAAAGGAGGAGGAAUCCGCGGCCGCUUUCGCGGAGGAACAAGAGCGGUUGACAGGUCUUAGCACUCACAUUGCGGAGCGCAAGGUUCUGGUUCUGGAAUGUCUACGUGAGGUGCACGAAGUAGAGCAGCGCAAAGGGCUACGACCGGCCCCACAGGGCUUAACUUUGCACGAACUAGUACAAGGUGGACUCCUCGACGAAACCUUCGCCCGACAGGUUGCCGCUGACAUUGCGAAGGUCGGGGUGGCCUCCCAGCAAGUGCCAGCCUAUGCACAACCAUCGCCUCGGGCGCGGAAAGGGAGGGGGAGCGAAGACACCGCCGCUGCGAAAAGUAGCACCCAGGACGGCGAGACGACUACGCAGCUAGACUACGAUAAAACGGACGUCAAAAUAUCCGACUUCCUGCGACGACUCGCGAAGCGUCAAUACCGCAAGGUGCUGGCAGAUGAGUUCUUGUUUUUACUCCAUAAGAAGCGGAAGGCACGAGAGGUGGAGCAUGCACAAUUGGAGGCAGAUUUGAAUCAUAGCGUGGAGCGAAAACUAGGCAUACUGCGCCCAAUAGAGGACCUUCAAGGUGGCGAGCAGAACAAAGAAGUAGAUGGUGCUCAGGCAGACAAAACAGACGUAGGUGAAGAUGCUAAAGAUGAAACGGCGCAGUCGUCGAAAACAAAACUUGAGAUCAAACAGGAUCGACUGGCGUUGUCGGCUUCCUCCAUCGAGGAGCUGUUGCAAAGCGCCGAGGAAGUGGCUACAGACGAGAAUGCCGGCGAAGAGCAAACUCCCGUGAGUCCGAAAAUUAGUAUCAUCGAGCCCGCGAAGCCGGCAGGUGGAGCCCUCUUUGCCUGGGAGCUCGGGGAGUCGCCAUCGAAAGUGGGAAGACUGACUCUAGAGCUCGACCAGUUCCUGCAGGAGAUCGAUCAAGAAGACGCACAAGCAGUGCGCGCCGCGUCGUCGGUAGAAGAUGAUUCUAAGGCGGAUGGGGCCUUUGAGGUGCACGAUCCGGAGGUCCCUAGCGACGGGGGUGGAGCAGAUGUUCCAAGUGGAAAGGAAGAAUCGGAAGCACAACUUCUAGUGCAUGAAGGAGCUGCUGCUCCUGAUGAGGAAGAGAAUCCUGAUGUUGCCAAAGAGCCCUCACCAGUAGAAAGCACGAACGAACGAGGCGUUGACCUCCGCGACGUCGCUGACACAGAUGGCGAAGACGUCGCUUUCGACCUUGGCGCGAUGGCGGUUGCUAAUGGUCUUUCGUCGUUUCUGGGCGUCAAAAUUCCCGAGCAGGAUCCUCUGUUGGCGACUUUCGAGUCCGAGCUUCCCUCCGAGACGGACCGAGGCGUUCUCGGAGCGCCUCCAGCUGUGGCAGUGGCGGGGGAUGCUUCAGUCCGAGAAGGGGGCUCUUCGGCGGAGGAGAGCAUUGGUGAUUUGCUGAGGGGAGUGGAGAACGACUUGCUGGGCGGGCGAGGCGAGGAUCUCUUCAGCGCGAAAGAAGCCCGAGCCGGAGCCAACAAAGCAGACGAUGCAGUGAUCCAGUCUGAGGUUGCAGAUGAUACUAAAGAGGAAACCAAGGAGGCAGAUACUGGUGUUGAGGAAGACACGGUAAAAGAUGCAAGCGAAGGUGAGCAGAUCAAGACCGAAGAAGAGGACGCGAUCGACGAAGCGAGCGAGGCUUAUUCUGACGAGGGCUUUGAAGUGGAUUCCAAAAAAGAUGGAGCUACAGCUCAAGAAGAGCAGGACGGUGAAGUGCCGGAAUCGUUGGUGGAUGCCGUUGAGCAGCUAUCCCAGGCUCUAGAGGGAAGCCGCGCGAGCACGCUGGGCGCUGAAAUCGAAGAGGAUCUCGAGGGACGCGCUUUUGAGGUGGAGUCGGACACUAUCGGAAACUCGAGUAGCAGCGGCGUUGCACCAGCCGCAAAGAAGCGGCGCAAGCCCACUGCGCCGCAGCCAGGCAGAGUGGAGGAGGAGUCCCAGACGAGAGAUCCCGCAGACAGAGCAUCGCGAACAACGUCCUCAAAGUUUGCGAAAAACAAGGAUGGUAGGGAGUUGAUCAGUCCCUUGGAACAUCGGGCUGCAUCCACCACCUCUGCGGCUACGUGGUUGCCAGAAGGAAUACCGACUACAGGGGCGGCCUUGCUUCUGAGUGCGCGACUGGACGGAACAGGGCACGAACUUGGACAGGGACGGAAGACUUUUGGCCAACUACUAGAUCCGUACGACGACAAUGUGCCUGAUGCGCGGGCAAAACGUCUUCUGCAAACAGAAAUCAUCCGCAAGCGAGAGCGUCUAGAUUGGCUGCAGCAGAAGAUGAGCAGCACGCAGCAGCUCUAUGAGCAGGAAGCUCACGAACUAGAGAUGCUAAAAAUCGAGAAGAGUCGCCGUGCAUUACCUGCACGGACGCGCAGUGUACCGGCGCAAGUGAAGCUGCCUCCUUUGCAGAAAACACGACCACCACUUGAAAAACUGAUUCCGAGUGAAGAGGUAUCAACAAUGAUGUUUGUAGGACCAAAACUUUCUAUCUUGUGUGUCUCAAAUAAAUCAUUGUUCCCGGAUAUUUGUAACUCAUUUCAGUAUAAUUCACUUUGCCACGCCGGUGAGUAAACGAGCAGGUAAAUCACUCGCUGCUCUCUGGUGCGACUCACGAGUAUUUAGCGUCGAUGCGGAAGGAGCAGCUAUCUGGCGGACACGUAGGAAUGUCUCCAACCGGCACAGCGCAAAAUGCUUCGUCCCUAGAAAGCGGUUCGCGAGGCAGCCGACAGCGCGACCAGAAGUCUGACUACCAGAAGUCGGCCGGACGACUUCGGGAUGAUCCUUUCCAGGAUUUCCUCGAUAGCCGCAAUAAGACGCAGCGCCGCCUCGGCAAGCGCGUGCUUGCGAACGAGCAAGUGAUGUUUGAUUGGAUGCGGAACGCGAAGGAGGAGGGCCGCUACACAGCGAAACUGGCGCGUGAGAAGUCGAAGGAGGAAAUGUUCACCGACCAUUUGUAUUUUUCGGAUGCGGGACAGCGAGUGAGCAAAGAGCGACAGCUCAUUAUGGGAGAACGUGUCGGAGGCGCGAGCGUGGAAAGGCCGAUGCGAACUAUGCGGAAGCUGACAAAAAUUCUGCGCAGAAGCGCGAAAGCAGUUGGGUCUGCGGUCGUAGACGCGGAGCGGUCGGUGUCGAACAGCAAGGAAGGCAAGCGAGCAGGACGACCUAUCGAUGAAUCCGAUAUAGAAGCAAGAUUCGGUGUCCAAUUUGGUGAUGCUGCUUAUGGCAUGAUGUAAGUUGUCAGUUUACUCCAUCUCCUCACAAAGCAUCAUAACGGCAUUAGGAAUGCGAGCUCAUCUUCCGCUUGUUUUCACUUUUGAUUUUCACUUUUGGUUAAGUACUAAGUAAAUCUCGUCUGGAGGACGUAGAUAUCGAGAAUCAAUAUAAUAGAUACUAUUGAAGUAUCAUGUGCACGUCGCGAAGAAGUUCUUGCUCUAACAUUAGGAGAGGAAAAAGGCGAAGCCGCUGAAAGAAGCCGACGUUGAAAAAAAACAAAGUCGACGAGAAGAAAAAAGGGAUGCAGCGGGGAGCGAGCUUUCUGGCGGAACUUAGUGAAGGUGGAGGUCUGUUCGCUUCGGCUGCCCUUCAGCAAUACAGGCAGCUAAGACAGUAUAACAAAAUGUUAAAACGAUAGAUAGCCAUGAAGAUAGUUUGUAGAGAUUUUUCCUCGUGGAGGAUGAAGGAAUCGUGGCUUAUAAAAACAGGCAUUAUUUACAUUUUUCUAUACUGACUCUUGACUCUUUGUUCUCUGAUAUUGUCACUCAUCUUCUUUGCUCAUAGUAUGCUGCCUUUCGAAUUCCUGCAUUAGAUGUGAGAAAAUGCGGAUUUGAACAGGCCAAUCUUUGCCAUUUUUAGGAUAUCAUCUACAUCAAAACAGGUAUUAUUCUAUCAUUCCUUCUACAAGAACUAGGCUAUAGGUAAAAAUGCAGUUACACUAAUAUCAUAGAUGUACAUUGUCAGUGUCAAUCAUGUCAAAAAUAUAAUUGGAUUAGUUGAUGCAUAUGUGAUGGGCAUCUGUAGUCGCGCCUUCUUCUUGCCAUAGGACGUUGUUAGACAGGCAUCUCUUGGAGAUCGCAGACAAUCAAAUUUUGACGUAUCGAUGUGUCAUACGUGUGACUGCCUAUUGCGGCAAGCAACAAAUUGACAGACAGAGCUAAAGCAACCUUCAGAGUCCCGUGCUUCCCAAAUGAACAGACCCCAUGCACGCAUGAGCUGUCUCAAAUUUAGAACUUAUUCAAUCCAUGAGCUACCAAU